AUGUUCAUGGCCUUGGACUCGCGAGGUGAUGAAAGGUUGCUCAUCUUCAGCACCUACGCAGGGACCAAGACCGGUAUUGGCGGCCGUCGGCAUGCCGAGCGCCUCGUCAAUGAGAUGAUAGACGAGAAGCUACGCAAUGACAUGGAUCGACGAGGUCGCGGCGACGCUCGGGGUCGCUCACGCUCCGACAGUCGGAGGCCCAGUCCGAGGAGACGGCGCUCCAGCCGCUCGCGCUCCUGGUCUCCAGCUCAGAGACAGCGUGGGAUGCGCAGCUGGGACUAG